GUUUUUCCGAUAAUUUGACGGAAAUUGAUGAAACAAAGAUGGAAACAAAGAUGAAAUCACGAGAAGCUACUGAAAAUUAUUUAAGGAAACAGUUCGGAGAAAUAUAUAGUAAAGACGAUUCUAAAGAUGAAAUUAUUAUUAAAACGGAUGAUCGUAUCGCAGAAGUCAAUCUUAGCACUCUAGAAGUCAAAACUGAUGACGAUAUAUUAAGAAACCGAAUAACGCAAUAUUACGCGCGUUACCAAACUUCUUCAUCCUUUAGAAUUUUGUCCUGA